AUGAAUGACAAAUCAAAGAAUGAUGAUAUUGUAUCACUAGAGCGUCUUGAAAAAGCAUUUAAGAAUGUAUCAUUCCAGAUUAAGUGCAAGAAAGACGCUACAAACUUCAUGAAAAGCAGAAAUUUAGGAAAAUGCUCUUCAAAUCGAUUUCUCGCUUGGAUGGUGUCAUUUGAUGCUAUUCCAGAAGAUCCAUCAGUUUGGCCCGAAACUUUUUAUCAUAUGAUCAGGAACUACAGAAACAAACUUAAUUAUUAUCAUACAAAAUCAAAGUCAGAAAUACCGAAUUGCUUGACGAAUCAGCAAACAGAGGAGAUUUUAGCUGAUGUCAAGCGUGGUAAAAACCUCUUUAGAAACAUCAUCAAAGAAAUCGGAGUUCCUUUGACGAUGUGUGAUGAUUCUAUCACUCGAAUUACAAGAAUUUUGGUUAUAAUGAUCAGUGAUGCUCCACAGCAUUCGUUUUUGCAGGGAUUUGAUCGCCUUGCAAGCGUUUCAUUUGCAUUGUCAUUGCAUUUUGCUUUGAGGAUUAGCCUUUCGCUAAUAGAAGCUGAGGCCUUUGCAGCUGUCCUUCUUAGAAACCUUGUAACACUUUCUGAGCCCGCAAAAUUUUUAACUUUGCCAAGUACGUCAAUGCAAUUUUUCGUAGAUCUCGACGCGUUUCUUUUCAAGCACAACAGAAAAUUAAUGAAAAUACUCUUCGAAAACCAACUUAGAAGUGAACAUUUCGCUGCAAAUUGGGUUGGCGUAUUUUUCGCAGACUCUCAUACUCCACUCGACGUUUUAUACAUCUGGGAUAAUGUCAUUAUCAACAGAAAAGAGCUAACAGUAUACAUAAAAGCGCUGGUUUCAACUCAUCUCGAUCAAAUUGAAAUCGUCGACGAUCCUGGUCAAUUAAUACAAAAUAUUAUGACAUUCCAAGAUUGGGAUGUUGAAAGAAUCGUCCAAGACGCAAAGAGUUUCUUACAUUAUCCAUUUUGGAGUUUGAACUUACUAUCGGCACCAUUGGGCUUCUGGUUAUAA